AUGAGGGGAUGCCUCACGUGCCGUCUCCGCCAUCUGAAAUGUGACAAGUCCGGUGCUAAGUGUCUGCGCUGCCAACGAUCUGGCCGCGAAUGUGUCCCGCCCCCCGCGAAAUCAGAAGAAGUCUCUUUCCGCCAUGGCCAAAACCCUUCCCUGCUAAAGAGGGGUCCCCUGCGGUACGGGGAGAGUGAUUUGGCCUUCCCAAAGGACCAAGUUUGGGUCCAGGCGUCUUCGGGCUUCUCCUUCAAAGACGAGACCGAGGAGACGGCCUCCGAGUAUCAUGUUCUCUCCAUAAAAGAGGAACCAUCGACCUCGCGGUCGCCGUCGGAGUCUCGGUCGACACCCUCAUCGGUGACCAUGGAUUCUGGGGCGAGGUCCAGCGCACCGGUGAGGCCGCCGUACACGCGGUCCAAUUCAGCCAGUUCAUUGCGCUCGCCACCGACGCCUGUCGGCCAGCCUCGGAUGGCCAAUGUAAACGAGGCGUAUCUCCUCCGGCAUUUCCAGAGAUAUCUGGCGCCAUGGCUCGACGCAUGCGAUCCCGGCCGACACUUCUCAACAGAGGUGGCCGAACGCGCCCUUCACUCGCCAUUGCUGUUGUAUGCAUGUCUGGCUGUGUCGGCGAGCCACCUGUCCCGGACUACAAACAACAUUCCGUCCGAUGUCGCAGACGACUACCACGAGCGCUGCAUCUCAAUCAUGCUUCCAGUCCUCGACAAACCCGAGUUCAAGAUCAGCAUCGACCUGCUGCUCGCAUCAACCGUGAUUCUGCGUUUCUUCGAGCAAAUCUCCUCGCACAGCCCGCCCAACGACCCGCAGCGCCAUCUUCUAGCUGGAUCCGUGUACAUCAGCUCGCACGUCGACUGCGCUAUCUCCGGCGGUCUCGCGUCGGCGGCCUUCUGGCUCUUCGUCAUCCAGGACAUCCAGUUCGCGCUAACGUACCAGAAGUGCCUUCGGCUGAGUUUUGCGCCUUUUGAUGAUCGUCUGCGCAGGUGGUGGGCUUCCAAGAGCACCCUCAGCGAUAAGGACUGGACCAACCGCGCUAUUUGGAUAUUGGCUGAGACUAUCGAUUUCUGCUAUAAUGUCUCCGGCCGUAAUUACGGGGGUUGUUUGGGCGUGGCGGGAGAGAAUGCGCUCAUGCAGCGCAUUGCCGAGUGGGAGAAUUCUCGUCCGGAUACCUUUGCCCCGUUACAUGCGGCACCACCGGAUCCUGCGAGAGGGAAGCCGUUCCCUGAGGUGUGGUACAUGAGUUCAUGGCAUGCCACCGCCAUCCAGCAUAUCUGUCUCACCAAGGCACUACUCUCCAUUCGCGCAAUUGAACAGCUUGACCGAAGCAUCUUGAUCACAGAGCAGUAUAUGCGACUAAAAGCUGAAAUUACCGAUAACCUAAACCUUCUCUUCGGCAUUGGCCAGUCAGCCGAAGACGACCCUUCCCUGCGGAUCAUGGCCUGCCAUGUCCUCUAUGCGUGCAGCGCGUGGAUCGACAAUCCCCUCGCCCAGAAUGUGGUGUUUGAUCUGCUGCGCAGAACUGAGACCGAGAACGGUUGGCCGUGGGCGUAUGUCGAGCAGCGCAUUGUCCGCGCAUGGCGUGGAGUUGAAGUUUCGAGAUAG